GGUGUGAGGUGUCAUGCUGUCUUUGGCCACCAGGGGGCGUGAACCCACCGGUCUAUUUGCUCUUCCUUAUUCUGCUGUAAACGGCAGCUUGAUGCUUUAUUUCCUCACUCAGCUGUAUUUCUCCACUAAAUGUGCCGAGUCACGCUUCGUGAGGUUUAGUUUUCCCGUUUCAAAUGGCCCGGUGUGCGCCGGUUGUUGCAGUUCGGAGGGGAGAAUUUGCCUGUAUGAGUGAGAGGGAGGUUUCGUCUAGACAGGAACGGUUUUUCCUUUUCGGGUGCGAAGUCCACUGUCAAGCGUCAUGUGCAUGAAAUGACUGUGCAGUCCUCCGUGACAACAAUAAUAAAACCUUUCAAAAAGAAAAAAGAAAAUGUUCACCGUCGCUUCGUCUCAGUGGUCCUAUGGAAUUCCCUCCACAAAUAAAUUCAGUGAUCUAUCUUUAACUCGACUCGUUUCCUAUUGACGCGCAUGUGCACUGCGCAAACGAGGUGGGGCGAAAAACUUGAAUUCUUCUGAAGGGGAAAAGGAGUGGACCAGUGAGAGGAAGAACCCUAACUCUUCCGAAUCGCACUUUAUUUGUGCGCCGAGCUUCUCGUGUUGUUUCCCCGCCGCAGAGGCACCGCCGAGGCUGCAGCGGCACGUCUCAUCACCCGAAAGGAGACCCUCCCCGAAGGAUGUUGACAGGAGACAAAUCGAGAUCAGUCCGCUGGGUUCGUUGAGGUACUUUUUGGACUUCUGAGGUCAAAGGCGCAGUUCACUUCCUCGUCGGGACUCUUUGCGCUUCGACAUCAAACUGACAGUUAUUUGGUGAACGGGAAAUACUGUGCUGCCUCUCAUAGGACAGGAACCGAAUCACCUGUUGUUGUUGUCAGAACUAAUCGGGGUUUCGCCUGCAAACAGGUACUUUAUGUGUGAAUCCGUCCAGCAGUUCUAAUGGUUGCAGCUAGAAAACAUCACCUGUGAGAGGAUUGAUUCCCCCUCACCAUGACGGAGGUCCAGACUCCAUGGCCGCAAGGCACCGAGUGUGUGGCCAGGUACAACUUUAAAGGCACAUCAGAGCAGGACCUGCCCUUCAAUAAAGGAGACGUGUUGACAAUUAUUAUUGUCACAAAGGAUCCGAACUGGUACAAAGCGAAAAAUUCCGCCGGUCGCGAGGGGACAAUUCCAGCCAACUAUGUUCAGAAAAGAGAAGGAGUGAAAGGAGGGAGGCUGAGUCUAAUGCCAUGGUUUCAUGGGAAGAUAACGCGGGAUCAGGCCGAGCUGUUGCUUUCCCCUCAUGAAACGGGCCUGUACUUGGUUCGAGAGAGCACCAACUUCCCCGGCGACUACACCCUGUGUGUGAGCUGCGACGGCAAGGUGGAGCACUACCGCAUCGUCUACUCCAACGGCAAGCUCACGAUCGAUGGAGAGGGGUUCUUUGAAAACCUCAUGCAGCUGGUUGAGCACUACACCAAAGAUUCCGAUGGCCUGUGCACCAAACUAAUAAAGCCAAAGCUGGAGGAGGGCACGGUGGCAGCCCAGGAUGAGUUUUCAAGGGGUGGCUGGUCGAUGAGCAGGAAAGACCUCACUCUGCAGCAGGCUAUCGGCAAAGGAGAGUUUGGAGAUGUCAUGGUGGGAGAUUAUAGAGGGACUAAAGUCGCUGUGAAGUGCAUAAAGCAUGAUGCCACAGCGCAGGCCUUCAUUGCAGAGGCUUCCGUCAUGACGCAACUACGGCACGAUAACCUGGUGCAGCUGCUUGGAGUCAUUGUAGAGGAGAACGGAAGCCUGUAUAUAGUUACUGAGUACAUGGCCAAGGGCUGUUUGGUUGACUACUUACGUUCAAGAGGCCGGACAGUACUUGGUGGAGACGCUCUCCUUAAUUUUGCACUAGACGUGUGUGAAGCUAUGGCGUACCUGGAAAUCAAUAACUUUGUCCACCGCGACUUAGCGGCCCGCAACGUCCUGGUGUCCGACGACAACAUGGCCAAAGUCAGUGACUUCGGUCUGACCAAGGAGGCCUCCUCCACUCAGGACACUGCUAAGCUGCCUGUGAAGUGGACGUCGCCGGAAGCCCUCAGAGAAAAGAAAUUUUCCACCAAAUCAGAUGUUUGGAGCUACGGUAUUUUACUUUGGGAGAUUUACUCUUUUGGCCGAGUUCCGUACCCAAGAAUUCCAUUAAAAGACGUCGUGCCCAGAGUGGAAAAGGGUUACAAAAUGGACUGUCCAGAUGGCUGUCCUGAAGUGGUGUACAACAUCAUGAAACAGUGCUGGAAUUUGGAUCCUGCUGCUCGACCAAGCUUCCAAAUGUUGAAGGAGUGGCAACAACAUAUCAGCCAAGGGAUGAGAAAAAAAGAAUGAGACAUCUUACUGAACAGACAGGACAAAUGACUUUGCUCUUCUUUCAUUUUGACCUCUUGGACCAAAACUUAGGAGGGAAAAUUUCAAAAGACUGCCCUUCCAGAGUCCCUGACACAGUUUCCUUUUGAAACAUUCUCCAUAAACUGUCAACAUUAUCUGUCUUUGCAUCAUGUCUCAGCUCACAUUUUUUUUAAGCUGCAGUGACUUUUAAGUUACUUUCUGUGCUUGGUUAUCAAGAUGAAUAGUUAACGUGUUUUUUCUUAUAACACGACCAUGCCUCCAAGCCGCAGUGCCUUUUGAUAGAUCAUUUUUAUAUACUUGUGUUAUUUUUGUGGCAUCAUUACAUUUCAUGAAGAUGGUAGACUGUAACAUAAUUUAAACUACGGUAAACAAUCCAUGGUAUCCGUUUAAAGAGGAGCAAUUCUUCGAAAGUCAGAAUACAGUUGUAUUACACUGCUGUAUUAUUUUUACAGCUUCCGGUACACUUUUUUUCCAAGAAUGUUGAAUUAUUUUGUUAAAAGGAGUAAGUUAAAAUAACUUUGUUUGCAAAGUUUUUCAAUGCUAUAUUAUUUGAAAAAUGUUUGAAUCCCUCUUUAAGUCAAAAAGGGAAGGAAUUCCCGUGUACAGAAUGGUCCCUACUACAUCAGCAAAUGUUUAAUUUUAGAGUCUUUGGAUUAAAGCAAAUUUUUCUGAGGUUUUUGUGUAAUGAGAAAGUGAUUUAAUAUUUUUUUUAAGCUGCCAUUUUCAACAAUAAAAAAUUUGCAAUAGCAAAUAUAUUUACCAUGUUUUCUCAUCAGUCAAUUAGGUAAAGUACAGCUACUUUAUAUAAAAG